CCAGAAGAAGAACGCGGACAGACAUGGCAGCAGGACGCGGAUCAGAGGACCUGUUUGACAGCAUUCUGCUGGCGGAUGAGAGGUUCCGGGGUGAGGGCUACCAGGAGGGGUUUGAGAAGGGGACCAGACGAGGGCUGCAGGACGGACGCAGACACGGAGCUUCUCACGGAGCCAAGCUCUCCUCUGAGAUUUCCUUCUACUAUGGUUUUGGCAUCACGUGGAAAUGUCUCCUCCAGCAUAAAGCCGAUGACAAAUCAAGGAAGCGUGUGAAGGCCCUGGACGCUCUCCUGGGUUUGAUCCGGGCCUCGGAUCUGGACGACCCCCAGUCUGCAAAGCUGCAGGACGACAUGGAGAAGCUCCGGGCCAAGUUCAGACAGGUCUGCUCCAUGCUGAAUGUCCCCUCCGACUUCAAGGACUACAUCAGGACGGCUGAGGGCACCUCCUUCUGAGUGGAGCUGGUGAUGUGGAGGACCCUGUCAGAACGGGGGCUGAAGCCACCAGGCCGGAGCCACGGCUGCGUUGGACUCCGGAGGGGGGACGUGAGCGGCUACUGCGGCCGUCCCAUGGACAUCUUUGAGAGUCCUGCAUCUAAAAGUCUGGGAACCUUACUAACCUGCGUCGGUGUGAAGCCGUUAGGACGGGAUCAGGAGAAGGCACUGUCCCGUUUUAUGUGUGUCAGAUGAGAGGGGUUUUAUCACAGUAACAGAGGGACAGCUACGGAAGAGUAUUAGGGCCAGGCAGGAGAAAAAUACAAAUAAUAUUUUAGAGGAGGAAGAUUUUUUUUUCAUUAUGCACUUGGAGAAACAAGUUUAAAUGUCAAGAAAAAAGUCAAAAUGUUGAGAAAAAAGUCAAAAUUUGAUGACGAUAUUGAUUUGAAACCCAUAUCACACAUAUGCAGUUGCAGAAACGUACCCUUAACGUUACACUCUAAGGAUGUAAGUUAUUUAUUUAGUUAACGGCUGCUGCUGCUGCUGCUGCAUAGCUGUCACUCACACUCCUAACUGGAUUUAAUGGAGACAUUUCGACUUUAUUAACUAAAUUUAGACUUUUUUCUCGACAUUUUGACUUUUUUCUCGAAAUGCACAAUAAAAAAAUAUCUUCCCCUCUCCAAUAUGUUUUCUCCUGCAUGGCCCUGAUACUCUUCCGUAGACUGAUGUUGGCUGCAGUUCAGCGAGCUGAUGCACGUCCGCUCCAGUAAGAGACGGUCCUGACAUCAUUGCUGAUUCGCGGGUGAAAGCACACGUCGUUGCGUCAGGGCGAGGAACCAAAGGAAGCUUUCUUUGCAGUGUGCUUGUCUGAUCUGGUUGUGGAUUUGGCUUCAGCGUGGAUCAAGAUGAGACAUGAGAUCAAAUAUGCCGUCACUUUACUUGAAGAAGUCUGCAAGAAUAAUUUCAAGACAACGACGGGCUGCUUUAAAGACUGCUGUGUGUUUUUGGAGGUUUUUAGUAAAUAGAUGAAAGUACUGGAACACUGAAGUGCAGCUUUUAUAUGAUGUGAUGAAGUGUCACAAUGAAGGACAUCAGUGUACACGUGUUACAAUCUAGUCCAGUUAAA